AUGUUUUCCUUUAGCGUCAGCUUUGACGAAAAGGAACAUGAACCAAUCAGUCAAACAAUUCAGCCACAGGAAGGCUCUAGCCUUGGACUCAACUCCCAAGACAAAGGCGAGGGUACCAGUAGAUCCACGAACCUUGGGGUAGAUUGGUCCUUAUCCGACGACCUGGCUAUGGAUUUGAGCCCCAAUGUCAAAGGCAAGGGUAAAGCUACGGAAACUUCGACCCCGUCUAAAAAGAGGAGAUCAGCCCCAAGCCAUUAG